AUGGAUCUGGUGAUCAAUUGGAAGCUAUUAGUUUUAGGGUUUAUCAUUCUCAACCUAUACACAGCACAACUUUGCGUCGGAGAAUCAUCGACUUGUUUAACGGUGUACAAAGAAGGAGGUGCAGCGGCAGUGUUUCAAUCCCCGAAAUGCCCUCGCUGGAACUUCCCGAAUUACGAUUCUCGACCACGCUCCACCGCCACAGCUACCAGUAGCCGUUGCCAAUCAGCCUUGCUUCGAGGCCGAAGAAAGUCUCAGGAGGAUCGCACUCUCUGUGCUCUCGAUUUUCGCAUUCCAUUUCCUGGUAAGGUAGGGGUUAAGGAGGUUGUGGUUGGAAUUGUGGCAGUUUUUGAUGGUCAUAAUGGUGCAGAGGCUAGUGAGAUGGCUUCAAAGCUUUUACUGGAGUAUUUUGCUUUGCAUAAUUAUUUUCUUUUAGAUGCAACAUAUUCUUUCUUUUUCAAGAAAUCAAAUGGAAGGUUGCCGAAUGAGGGAGAAAAAGAUGUGGAUUUUCAAUUGCUAAAUCGGGGUGAGGAGUUUGGUCAGCGUGAAUUGAACUUCGAAAGGUUUAAAUUUUCUCUGCCAACAAAUGUUGAUGAUUCUUUUCAUUUGGAUAUCUUGAAAGAAGCAUUAUUGAGGGCAAUUCAUGAUAUUGAUGCAGCAUUUUCUAAGGCAAAUGGCCGGAUUUUAGCUGCCAACAUUGGAGACUCAAAGGCUCUUUUGUGCUCCGAAAAGUUUCAGUCUCCUGCAGAGGCAAAAGCUACUUUAUUAAGGAUAUACAGUGAGCAGAGACGUAAUGGGGCAGUGUCACCUUCUAGGUAUUAUGGCAACAUCAAAUCGACAUCAUCCAAUGGACCUACACAUUUGAUUGUCCAAGAAUUAACUAGAGAUCACCAUCCAGAUAGAGAUGAUGAAAGGUUUCGAGUGGAAAAUGCCGGUGGAUAUGUUCUUGAGUGGGGUGGUGUCCCUCGAGUAAAUGGUCAAUUGGCUGUUUCCCGAGCCAUUGGUGAUUUGCGUUUUAAAAGCUAUGGAGUUAUAUCUGCACCAGAAGUGACAGAUUGGCAGCUUCUUACCAAGAAUGAUAGCUAUCUGGUGGUUGCAUCUGAUGGUAUGUUUGAAAAGUUGGGCUUGCAGGAUGCUUGUGAUCUACUGUGGGAAGUACAUAGUCAUGGUACUGAGAGGCCUGGACUCUCUUCUUCAUGCUCAUUCUCAUUAGCUGAAUGCUUAGUAAAUUCUGCUGUUGAAAAGGGCAGCAUGGACAAUGUGGCAGCUGUUGUGGUUCCAUUAGGAUCUAUUGGAUUUUCUCAAAAAAAGUCAAGGGAAAGCUGUUAUGGAGAGGGAGAUAUACAUUCCUCAACAAUAGGACAAAGGAAUAUCAUGGAUGUUCAAUCAGCUAAUGAAGCGACUUCUGAUCUCGUAAAAUUGGAGCAUGGACAUUCAGUUACCACCAAAUUUGACAAGUUGCUGUUUCUGUUCAAUUAUGGAAUAGUCUGCGCCCCCACCCCCCGGGCGGCUGCUGGAGCAAUUUCUGAAGUUGUGGAGAGAGGAGCUGCUGUUUACUUAAGUGGGCUACGGGAGAAAUAUUUUGGUGAAGUAUUCUUAAAUGCCUCCAGGUGUCUUGGAGAUUUACGAUCAGAUGGGAUCAAAACCUCUUUAUUUGAUGAAAUGUGCUCAGAUUAUGACCUGUUAGAGACUAAUGAAUCAGUUUAUGGAUUAGGAAACAGUUGGAAUUUUGAAAAUACGUUCCUGAACAAAUUUAGAACCUCGAAAGCUGUCUUUGAGGAAGGUUUGAACCAUAUAGCAAGAUAUGUAGAAUCUUUUGAAUCUCGGUCUAAUGAAAUCUGGCUUGUAUUUCACCAUGAAGGUGUGUCUUUGUCAAAGCUUAUUUAUACUGUGGAAGAGGUAGAAAAUAUCUCUGACAGAGAAAAGGUUGAAGAAGUAAAACGGGUUGAGGUAUUGCAGCCAUCAAAAUGGUGGCAUUGGUUGAAGACAACAAAAGCAGGGAAUGAGGAAAUGCGCAACCUUAUAUGGCAGUUGUUGAUGGCACUAAAGUCCUGUCAUGACCGCUACAUCACUCACAGAGAUAUCAAACCUGAUGCUUUCAUCUUUCCCAUUGGUAGAGAACAUGGUGAUAUGCUUAGAAGAUCAGCACACUGGGAGAUGCUUGAAAGGAGGCGGAUUAUUGACUUUGGUAGUGCAAUGGAUGAGUUCACUCUGAAGCAUUUGUAUGGGUCAACUGGACCUUCUAGGGCUGAACAAACUUCUGAGUAUUCUCCUCCAGAAGCUUUUCUCAAUGCUAGUUGGUAUCAUGGGCCAACAAGCACGAAUUUAAAGUAUGAUAUGUGGAGUGUUGGUGUUGUGAUGCUAGAGUUGAUAUUAGGAACACCAAAUGUUUUUCAGAUUAGUGCACGAACUCAGGCUCUCUUAGAUCCACACAUUGUUGGGUGGAAUGAAGACUUGAAGGAACUCGCGUACAACUUCCCUGCAUCCGAUAUAGUGAAUUCAAAUUUGUCGGCAUUGGCAAAUCGAGGUGAAGUUCAGUUUCCUAAUGUUUGGGCUUUGCGUAUAAAAGAGAAUAACCCCCCUCAUCCUUCCUCAAGUGGUUCCACCUGGAAGGCAAUUCAUUCAUGGAAAAUGCUGUUUAUAAAAUGCAGAAAUCAAACUGUAGUUGCCGGUUUCAAUUUUAGAAAUGCUGCGCUUGAGAUUCUGAGUAUCGAAGCCCAUAUUGCACUCUUAUUUGAUACUGAUGAUGAUCGACUGAGUGUUGAUGAUGCUUUGAAGCAUCCUUAUUUCCAACCUCCACCCGAGAGAUGA